AUGAAUGGGAUCAACGGUAACCAUGCUGCCCCGCAGCAACUGCGUCGAGCUGAUGAAGUCAACGAUCUGCUUGAUGCAGUCAAGGGAUUGAUUGUCCCGUACAUCAGAGCUGCAGAUGAAGCCGCGCCACAGAAGGCCGGGGGCAACGCAUCAGUAAACAUCGACGGAGUUCCAAGCAAUGUUCUCGUCGACACUCUGAAGCCCGAGGCGUUGGUCGAGAAGCUGAAGCUAUCCCUUCCCGAAGGCGAUGGACUCGGGAAAGAGGGCUUGCUCGAUGUGGUGCAGAAGAUCCUGAGGUACAGCGUCAACACCUGGGACCAAGGCUUCAUGGAUAAGCUGUAUGCAAGCAACACUCCUCUCCACGUUUACCAAGUUUCGCCUGCCUUGAGCAUCAUCGAAAAGAUUACCGCUCGGAAGUUCGCGAACUUAUUUGGGUUCACCGGCCCUAGGGCUGGAGGAGUCACAUGCCAAGGAGGCAGCGCGUCCAACCUCACUUCCCUGGUAGUAGCUCGCAGUGCUCUGUACCCCGAGACAAAGAAGACUGGCAACGGUUCGUAUGAUUUUGUCAUCCUCACGAGUGCUCACGGCCACUACUCCGUUGAGAAGAGUGCGCUGGCAUGCGGUCUUGGGGCGUCAAGCGUCUGGGCGGUGCCUAUUGACUCCGAUGGCCGCAUGAUCCCGAGUGCUCUGCGGGAGCAGAUCGUUCGUGCCAAGUCUGAGGGCAAGACCCCUCUGUACGUCAACUCCACGGCUGGAACGACAGUGAUGGGCUCUUAUGACCCGUUCGAGGAGAUAUCCGCCAUCUGCAAAGAGUUUGGCCUGUGGUUCCACAUCGAUGCCAGCUGGGGAGGAUCUGUCAUCUUCUCCCAAAAGCAAAAGUCCAAGUUACAAGGCGCUCAUCUGGCCGACUCUCUGACGGUGAACCCGCACAAGAUGAUGAACGUGCCGGUAACGUGCUCGUUCCUCCUGACGCCAGACGAGAAGGUGUUCCACAAGGCCAACACUUUGCCUGCCGGAUACCUUUUCCACAAUGUGGACGAAAAUGGUGACGUCUGGGACCUUGCCGACUUGACCCUGCAGUGCGGCCGCAGGGGCGACAGUCUGAAGCUGGCUCUGGCUUGGAUCUACUACGGCGCCGGCGGAUUUGAGAAGCAGAUCGACCAUGCAUUCUCGCUGGCCGAGCGUCUGGCUAGUCUGGUUGAAAAGAGCGAGAACUUCGUCCUGGUGUCCAGCAACCCGCCGCCGUGUCUGCAGGUCUGCUUUUACUAUGCACCAAACGGUCAGCUUGCGGAAGACCCGAAGACGAACACCAAACGCACCAGCCAAAUGGUUCACAAGCUCAUCGAGCGUGGCUUCAUGAUCGAUUAUGCCCCUGGAGAGAAGGGCAGUUUCUUCCGUGUGGUCGUCAACUGCCAGACGCUGCAGGGGACUGUGGAUGGUCUGGUCAAGGCCUUGGAGGAGGUUGGCAAGGAAGUCGUGGUGUAG